CAUGUGGUUGCCAAAUGUGGCACAGUUGUGGGUUGCCCUGUGCUUGUAGGAUAGAAAAGUACAUGCGUGAAGAGCGUCCGAUUCAACUCGAAGACAUAGACGUCUUCUGGCGGAAACUUAACUUCCAAAGUUGUAAAUUGAUAGACGACUCACUUGACGUGGUCGAAGAGCUAGAUGUUGUUAGACAACAAUUACAGUCGCACCCCCCAGCUCAGCAAAAAAGCCUGCUUUCAAAGAUUAAAGCGGUGUUGACUCCAACGAAAUCUACCAAGAAACCACCGGUUGUCCAACAAAAUACUCGUGGCCGACCAACAACAAAGCAGGUACAAGAAAGGUUGGACGAGGCCUCUCGUAUAGAUGAAGAAUUGAGGAGAAGCUCCUUCGGUGAUGCAAACACGUGCUUUGAAGGUUCACGACAAAGUAAGUACGAUAAACCUCGCCACAGCUCGUACGUUCCGUCUCAGGCCUCACAACAGUCGGUUAUAAGGUCCCAAAAACCCAAAGCGACCCUAAGCCGUUCAAAGAGUUCUAAGAAGAAAGAGACACGAGAUGAUCACGGUUUUCCUUUAAUCAUUGGGGACGAGUACGUGGGAAUCAUCGAACGGUUUAAGUCUGACAUUCCGCCAGUGUUCCAUCCGUACGUCUCGUGCAUACGAGAUGUGAUGCCGGACGGUCAUUGUGGGUUUCGGUCUGUGGCUGUGGGCUUAGGGAUGGAUCAGAGUUCAUGGGGGCUUAUUAGGAGGGACCUUGUCCAAGAAAUGGAUCAGAACGAAUCGAUCUGGUUCCCAAUAUUUGAAGCAUGGGCUGAUGGUUAUUUUCACACGCAUCGUCAGGGCCUAAUUUGGGAUUCAGUGGCCGGUUGUGGGGAGAAUCACUGGAUGGACUUCCCCUUUGCAGGACUUCUUAUUGCACAAACGUACGGUAUCGGGGUGCACCUGUUAACGACAACCAUGGGUGCGAGUUCCACUUACUUCCCAAUACUAAGUCCUCCGGCUAAUCAACAACCAUUAUUCAUAACGCUUACACAUGUUAACGAGAACCACUUCAUACAUGUUAAGCUGGAAGGGGAUUAUCCUAUGCCACCAGCACACGGGCUAUGGUUGACCCACCGAAGACCCCAUACAGAACAAUGGGAAGAUAUGUACUUGCCACGUCUAGAAUGGUAUACAUCGAUAAUGAAUCCUCGGCCAAGAUCAAACCCCAGUCUUAAUUACAUAGAUAGUUACACGGAAGAAUGAUUUUUGUAAUUAAUAGUAU